CAAACCUUACCUCUGGGAGAGAGGAGCUCACUGCCUGUUGGAUCCCAGAGUGACCCCAGAGCCCCAGCUUCCACCGUGGGAUGUUCACCUUAGAGAGGCAUGGAGAUCAGCAGCAGAACUGAAGCAGAGUCCCAGAGGAGCUUCAGUUCUGCAGAAUCUAUACAGUCUUCUUUACCAAGCAUUGACCAGAUGCUUAGGGCUUGGGAUAUCAGAGCUCAAGACUGACAUUCCUCAAGGCAGUUAGGCAGAAGUGAGCCUUGUGGCUCUGCCAAAGACAAGCCCUGUAGAUUUAAAGGAAAAACACAAAACAAAACACAAACACAGGCAAAGUCACAGCAUUAAAGUCUUUGCCUUGAAGAAGCUGAGUGGAGAAGUGUGGAAAGAUGAAUGGACCGGUGGAUGGCUUGUGUGACCAUUCUCUAAGUGAAGAAAGAGCCUUCAUGUUCACAUCGGAAUCUGUAGGAGAGGGACACCCGGAUAAGAUCUGUGAUCAGAUCAGUGAUGCAGUCCUGGAUGCCCAUCUCAAGCAGGACCCCAAUGCCAAGGUGGCCUGUGAGACAGUGUGCAAGACAGGCAUGGUACUGCUGUGCGGAGAGAUCACCUCCGUGGCCAUGGUGGACUACCAGCGGGUGGUGAGAGACACCAUCAAGCACAUUGGCUAUGACGACUCUGCCAAGGCAAGUGAAGGAGACAGACUGGCUGAGGGAGGCUCCCAUGUGGGACCCUACAAGCGGAGACGGGGCCCCAGCCCCAGCAGGGGUCAACAAGGCGCGAGCACUGUGAUCAGGUGGGGCUUUGACUUCAAGACUUGUAAUGUGCUGGUGGCUUUGGAACAGCAGUCUCCAGAUAUAGCUCAGUGUGUCCAUCUAGACAGAAACGAAGAGGAUGUCGGUGCCGGGGAUCAGGGCUUGAUGUUCGGCUAUGCCACUGAUGAGACAGAAGAGUGCAUGCCGCUCACCAUCAUCCUGGCUCAUAAACUCAACGCCCAGAUGGCAGACCUGCGGCGUGCUGGGGUCCUGCCUUGGCUGAGGCCUGACUCUAAGACUCAGGUGACAGUUCAGUACAUGCAGGACAAUGGCGCAGUCAUCCCUGUGCGUAUCCACACCAUCGUCAUCUCCGUGCAGCACAAUGAGGACAUAACACUGGAGGAAAUGCGCGAGGCCCUGAAGGAACAGGUGAUCAGGGCCGUGGUGCCAGCCAGGUACCUGGAUGAAGACACCAUCUACCACCUGCAGCCCAGUGGGCGGUUUGUCAUUGGAGGUCCCCAGGGGGAUGCUGGUGUCACUGGCCGCAAGAUCAUCGUGGACACCUACGGUGGCUGGGGGGCGCAUGGCGGUGGGGCCUUCUCCGGGAAAGACUACACCAAGGUGGACCGCUCAGCAGCUUAUGCCGCCCGCUGGGUGGCCAAGUCCCUGGUGAAGGCAGGGCUCUGCCGGCGAGUGCUCGUGCAGGUUUCCUAUGCCAUUGGUGUGGCUGAGCCACUGUCCAUUUCCAUCUUCACCUAUGGAACUGCUCAGAAGACAGAGAGAGAACUGCUGGAUGUGGUGAAUAGGAACUUUGACCUUCGGCCUGGUGUCAUCGUCAGGGAUCUGGAUCUGAAGAAGCCCAUCUACCAGAAGACGGCAUGCUAUGGCCAUUUUGGAAGAGACGAGUUCCCGUGGGAGGUCCCCAAGAAGCUCAUGUUCUAGAGCUGGUGGGUGCAGGGCCUGGCCUCGCCCUGGGGGCACCUGGCAGGCCGCUUUCUGCCUCCAGGAUCCUCUCCUAGAUUUCUCAGCCACCGACUGCUCCCUGAGGAGUGCCUUCCCCACCUGCGGCCCCCUCCUGGGAUCCUGGCCCCUCUGAGGUAGCCCCAUCCUGUCAUCACUGCACAUGGCAGGGGGCAGGGGCUUCCUGAUCCUCGGGAUCCGGUCUCCUCAUGAGCAUAGUCACCAGGCCCUGCCUUUCCCUCAGAACAAGUCAAUGUUAAUUUAGUGGAAAAACUGCCCCUUUCAAGAAUAAAUCCCCUCGCUUACCUCCCCUGCCAGCCUGGACCCUGACUAGCACCUCCCGUCCCCUGCAUGUGCCAAGGUCAGCACAUCUCACAGACCUCAGGGCUCUGCUUGGGCCUGAACACGCCGGGUGUGCCCUUCACAUCUGCAGCCAGUACUCUGAGCCAGGGCCUGCAAAGGCCCUCCCAGGCUGGGCAUCUGCUGGGGAUGAGAACAGGGCCUGACGUCUCCUAAGCAUCUGUGAGGUGUGAGGGACUGAGCCAAUGACUGAUUUCAUUUCUUCUUUACUGCAACCCGAGAGGUAACACUUCCUGUUAUCCCACUUACAUAUAAGGACACUGAGGCACAAACAGCUAGGUGACUUCCACAAGGCCCCACAGCCACACCUGUCAGGGCCUCGACAUCAGUCCUGGAACUUUGACUCGGGAACCUAACACCCUCACCCCCAUCUCACACUGGAAACAGGUCUGAGCAAUGACAAAAAGAUUGAAAUGAGGCUGUGGCUCUGUCCUGAAGACGCACGGUGGCUAGGCAAUAGGGGAUUAGCCUACUGGCUCUUGGUGAGCCCUGGACAAUGAUCUGCAAAGUUAGGACAGAACGAAGGACUAUUUCAUUUGCCUCAUUAAUUUGAGAAGACAAUUCAGAGUGAGCUGGCUAUCCUGACCCCUGGGGUGGGGCUUUGUUUGGGAAUAAGAAGAAACCAUGUAAUCCUAGCCCCUGAUCACUCGGGACAUGCAGGGCUUGAGUUUUGUGGACCUCUUUCCAAGUCCAGUCCAGUCCUAUUUGGGCUUCCUGGAGCAAGAGAGCAGCUUGUCUAGCAGGUGGCUAGCAACUUGGACAGAGGCCGGGACCCUGUAUCCUUCAGGUCUCUCUCUUGGCCCUUUAUGCCCCCCGCAGUCUGAGUGCUACUGGAGUAAGUGGGCGAGUGCCUCAGAUGCCUCUUCCAAGAAGGACAGGCCUAAGGCCCAAAUAUCCCAUGUGAAAUAAUGGCUAGGGGAGGGUGUGACUCCUAGUGGGGAACAAGUUGGCUGCGACUCAAUGAGGAGAGUCUGCCUUUGUCAGGUGGCGUCUGGGGGCAGGUCAACUCCUGAGAGACCUGAGUGGUGCUCGGCAUGCCAGCCUCCUGGAACCUGCACAUUACCUCCCUUUCCAUCUGUAGCUGGCACUACCUACCUGCACCUGGGGCUCUGACAGCAUCGCUACCUUCUCCCUGCUCCCUGGACCAAAGGCUCCGGCAGGGGCCUCCAUGGGCCCCAGGAGAACCCUGCAGCCUGGGCUCUUUUCUGGGGCACACAGUGCUAAUUUUGGCUGGGGCAGUAGCCUAGGAAGCCUCAUCUAGGGAGCAGACAGCCUGCAUCUAGGGAGCAGACAGAAGCACAGAGACCCUAGGCCCUCACUGUCUCUUUAGCACAGAAGGAGGGGCCCAGUUACCAUAAAAACCCAGAGCUCGUAUCUGAUACAGAAGCACUGGUUCCUGUGGGGCUCCUGGGGACUCAGGGAGUCUCAAGUUCCUUUCAGGAGAGGGGAAUAUAGGUUUGCAGGCGCUGAGUUCUUCUGACUUGGGCCAUAUUCAAAGUGAAAAUUCAGAAUUUUAUGCUUUCCCUACUCCCUAGAGAAAUGAGAUUUUUUUUUGUCACCAUUGUUUAUGUGACACUAGAGCUUUUAUUUGUUAAUAUUUCCUAAUAAGACAGUGAAUAAAAACAGAAGGAACAACUA